AUGCGAAAAGGCUCAUCUGGUGCCUCAUAUAAAGAUUUGUGGCAUGCUGUGGGAGAAGGGUCCUUGCCUGAUGUAGAUUCUGUAUUGGCGCUAUUGAAGAAGAAUGGAAGUAAUAUCAAUUCGAGGAACAGUUUGGGUCUGACUCCUCUUCACAUUGCAACUUGGAGAAACAACAUUCUCAUUAUUCGAAGGCUUCUAGCUUCUGGUGCUUAUCCUGAUGCUAGGGACGGAGAAUCUAGGUGGAGUAGCCUUCAUAGGGCUCUACAUUUCGGUCAUCUUGCUGUAGCGAGUGUUCUUCUCCAGUCUGGUGCUUCUAUUACAUUGGAAGAUUCAAAAUGUUUAACACCUAUAGAUCUCCGGUCAGGGACUGUCUUGCAGGUUUUUGGAAGUGCACAACAUUCAAAGUUCAUUAAUCUUAUUUCAUCAGAGUCCAAUGAAGUUUGUAACAGAGAGGAUAAACGAACAAUAGCACCUGAGCAUGGUUGA